AUGGUAGGCUAUCCAUCAAAUAUUAAAAAAAUGCAGUUUGAUAGCCAAGUAUCUAUGUUCUCCCUACAUGCGUGUGCUGCGACACUUCCGUUACCAUUGUCGACGACGACGGAACCGCAAUGGCAGUCGUCCGGAUGGCCACGAAACGGUUUUUUUUCCACCCACGACGCCAACAACAUUAAGAAUUAUAAUAUUGCUGUCUUCCUGUGUAUUACAAUAAUUGCCUUACAUUCAGGCGAUGCAGGAGUGUCGGACGACAAUUACGGAAGAUACAUUGGGUCCUUUAAGGGCUUCGCUCAUGGGGUCCGUGGAACUGUGUACGCAGUAGAUGAAAACACGCUAUUCGUCCGGGAAUUCUUCUAUGAUGGUAUUGGCCCAACUGCUUAUUUUUGGGCUGGGAAAUCAUCAAGAAUUUCUCCGGACGGAUUUACCAUUCCAUAUCCUGAGGACUAUCCGGCAGUGGAACCGCCCCCGCUACAGACGCACAACAAUUCAAACAUCAUAUUGCGGUUGCCGGGCGGAAAACGUAUCAAAGACAUCAAAUGGCUGUCAGUCUGGUGUAGGCGGUUUACGGUAAACUUCGGCGAGGUGUUCAUACCAAUCACACUGGACCCACCCAAACCACGAAUCUUACCAGAGUUUAAACGUUUCGCUCACAGUUUGCGGUCGGGCAAUAUCAGUAUUCUUGACGCACGGACAUUCUACAUACCAAAUUUACACUAUGACGGCUUGGGGCCGGACGCGUAUUUUUUCGUCGGAAACGGUUCGGAGCCAUCACCUUACGGCGUCAAAGUACCAAACGAAGUCGGGAGCUUGGAACCUCUGAAGGGCUACCAGGGGGAAGACAUAGAAAUCCAAUUACCCAGAAGCCUGACGAUGCACUCGAUCGAUUGGCUGGCCGUCUGGUGCGUGCAGUACACGCAUAAUUUCGGCCACGUUAACGUACCGGAUGAUUUGGAUGUGCCACCAGCGUUGGGGCAGACCAAGCUCACCCCAACAUGGUGGUACAAUCCAACGAGCAGCACUACUUCAGAUCCCGAAGGGCAUUGGGAGAUGAGCAAUUGUCGAGAACUAUUACCCGGUAAACUACAAGUGCACUGGGAAGUGCAAGGUGAUUGGGUCCAAGUGCAGUUGACCGGGAAGAUACGUGAAAACCAAUAUAUGGCAUUUGGUCUCAGUGGUAACCAAAAUAGCGUGACGAUGAUCGGUGGUGACGUGGUAGUGGUGUUCUACAAUCGGGCAAAGAACUCAUUUCACGCUGAGGACUAUUACCUGUCAGCAACCACCGAAUGCGACGACAAGAAUGGUGUAUGCCAGGACGAGCGGCUAGGUGGCCGAAACGAUGCAGUCCUGGUGACCGGCACUCGGCGUAACGGUGUCACGUGUGUCGUGUACCGACGCCCGGUUCAGACCAACGAGGCGAUCAACGACCAGCAGGUGCCUGUGGAUGCAGCCGCAUUGGUCAUAGCAGCCAUAGGCCCUCUGGGAAGUUCCGACCAGCCGGGCGCGCAUGCAACCCAGGACAUGACCAGAGACGAAAUAAGAAUAAAUUUCAACUCCAGAGACGAUCAUACGUGUACAUACUCCCUAUUCAAUCUUGACGAUGACAUGGAACGGACCGCGUGGCCACCCAACAUCAUCAUUGGCGAGAAAGAGUUUAGAGCUAAGCUCGGGCCAUCAGGCGGUACUCGGGGUUACAUGGCUAUUACGGGGCAUUCCACCGGUGACAUCGUUUGGUACAUAAACGACAAACUUAUACCAGAAAUCUUUGUAGAGAGGAGACAGACGUACACAUUCAUUGUCGAAGGAGGAAAUGACCCUAAUAAAGGCGAACACUACCAUCCGCUGUAUAUCACAGAUAGUAGUGAAGGAGGAUUUGGACAGAAAGAUGACGUCGAACAGAGGAAACAACGUGUUUUUGCCGGCAUUGUCUACGACUCUGACGGCUUGCCUUUUCCUACUACAGCCGGUCGAUAUUGCGAAUUUAAAUUCAAGUCUUACGACCGUUCGUCAGAAAUGGAAACCUUCGAUGCCUUUUUUGACUCAUUGAAAUUAUCGUGUGAAAAUGGUAACGUGGGUUUACUGAACUGGACGGUCGCUGAAGAAACACCGGAUCUCGUCUACUAUCAGAGCUAUUCACAGACGUUCGUGGGGUGGAAAAUCCACGUGGUCGACCCCGGUUACAAGUGGAACGACAACAAGGACGCCGCGGCCAGCCUACACAGCAGUCUGCCGUUGACGUGCGUGAUAUUGACCACCGUUUUUGCCGUCCAGCGGAUUUUCACGAUUAGUUUACUGUGAUGCGCGUGAUCCGGUAAACGAUGUGGUCCGACGGAUUGCGGCGGCGGUGGCGACGGCGUGAUCACAACAACAAUGCUCUAAUAAUAAUAAUAAUAAUAAUAAUAUUAUUAUUAUAGUAACAUUGAUAACCGACGUUGUCUGGACGUUCGCCGUCACCACCGCCGCCGUUGACGUUGACGGCCGCACGACGAUCAUUUCCGAACGCCGGCCACGUAAAAAUGUUUGUUCACCGCGAUAAUAAUCAUAUUUUUAUUAUUACUAUUAUUUACCGGCCGCCCGGAUAUUAUACACGAUAUCAACUCGAGAAGUUCAAAACGACUUUUUCCCCGUCUCUAUCGAGCACAUCACUGUCGACCGCGACAGGCUCAUCGUCGACGUAUCUCCAUUUUGUCCAAUCUUAUAACGGUACCGCUUAUCACGGGUAAAAUAAUAUGAUUAUUGUCGUGUGUGUGUGCGUUUUCGACGGAAAAUCAAACGUUUACGUUUCCGGCGUUCGGAUCAAGCCGUCAUUUCGACGAAUGUUUAAUUGAUAUUUUGUUACAACUAUAAUACUUAUAUAAUAUAGGAAAACAUCCGCGCACGCGUUCUACUUCCGAUCGCUGUUGCAUACCUAUAUCGAGUACGUUUCGUUUUUACGUUUGUGACUUGUGAGUUGGAACGCCGUGGUCCGAGAUGACUAUAAUAAUUGUUGUACUUGUGCCCGCCCCGAGUCUAACUUUGAAAAAUUUUACCGAAGACAGUAUAGUUCAAUACCUUUAAUAGUACCUUUAAUACCAUAACAAUAAAGAUGAAACCGUUUAAAAGAGUGAAUACAGAAGUUAAAAUUUUCAAUUAUUAACCAUUAAAAAAAAAACUUCUAAAAAGUAUAAUAUCAUGAUACUUUGAAAUAUUAUAACAAUUGUUCAUAAUAUGACGACAACAUCGGAUAUUGAUUUUUAAUUUGCUAUUUAGUACACUAUAAUUAUUAUUAUUUAUAGUUUAUAAAACAUUAUUAUUAUUAUUAUUAUUAUAACCACAGUUUGGUUUAUUGUCGAUCAAAAAUAAUUAUCAACUUACUUUUUGAUUGGUGAACUAUAAUACCAUAAUAAUAUAGCAAGAACACUUUUAUUAAAUUAACAGAUACACAGAAUAGUCAGAAUGUCUGAAUGUUUCACACUAUAAUUUUAUCGCAUUUGACAUGCAGGCGAUGUCGGUUAAACAAAAUCCUAUAUAACAACGUUACAACAAACAAAAAUACAUUCACGUAAUCCCGUUGAAUUCUAGUGGUGUUAUAUAAUAUUAUUGUUUUUAUUGUUGUCGCCUGUUACUAUACAGCAAUAAUAUUAUUAUAAUUGAUAGCUAACUCUUUUACGGACAAUUAUUUUAAUUAUUUUAAAGUUAUACAUUGUAAUAUUAGUAUACCAAGAAGGCAAGAACAUCAUAGACGUAGGUAACGGCAACGUUCAACGCACACACUAAACGUAAAACGAAAACGUAAUUUACCCAACAUUAAGAAUAUCAAGCAAAACCAAACAUAUCAUUUGUAUAAAUCAUUUGUGCACAUAGUAAACUAAUAAUUGAGUGGAUUUUUGCUGUAGACGUUAAGGCAUAUUUAUAAUUUAAUAUUAUUACGCACGUUUAACGGUAGAUUAUUAUAAGUAGAAUUAUUAUUUAAUAACUGUUGUAGACCUAGUACGGUUAAGUCAUAAAUUCAAUAUUGUAUUAUAUUGAGCUUCAUCGCUGGUAAUUAUUUUCUCUCAAUACUCAUAAUAAAUAUAAAAAAGAGAACCCCUCGUCGUGUUGUCGUAUAAUAAUAGAAAAUAUUUUAGGCGUAAUGGUAGUUAUACCUAUAUCCGUGAUGCCUCACUUCAUUCGCGUAACAAAAUAAUAAUGGUGGCCGAAAAAACAAUAAGAAGAGUUUCGCAAAUACUAUAAUUUGAUUUUUUUAAUAAAAAAAAGUCUAAAUAAAUAAUUAAAUAAAUUCAAAUUAAAUCAUAACUACGACAUUUGUAUUAUCAUAGUACUCGUAUAUAUAGACGAUAAUAUUGGACGUUUUAUUUGUGCGAUUUUUGUCGAUGUUCGUGUAAAAUCGAGUUAUUAAUUUCGUAGUUAAAUAGUUUCAUAAUAAUUUCAAUAAGCAAUAAAAAUAAAAAUAAAGAAAUAUUAUUCAACCUCCACCGUUUAUAUAAUUUUCUACAAAUACGCCACGAGACGGGUGCGCUUAUAAAGUGAAUAAGCGACUGCUAACUCUUCAACUAUUUUUUCAAAAUAUAACAUUUUUGAGCUGGUUGUAAUAAAUAAUUUGCACAUUAUAAAACCAGUAGACGGAGGGAUUUUGUAGGAGAAACGUUGUUUCGUUAACUUGGAAAGAAUCGCGGAGAUUUUUAAACGUCAUCGAAACCAAUUCCGAAAUCAUAAAACGCACAACAUACAAUUUAAAAUGGAUUCGCACACCUCUAAAGUUGAAAAAUAUUAAUAAUGACAUUUAGUUAUAUCUGAACAUCGUAACGUAAAACAUACAACUAAUAAUGGAUUCAUAUACGAAAAUACAUAAUAUACACACAAAAUAUAAAUAUAAAUAUACUGAUCGCUCCCAAGUUUAAAAAUAUUUAAAUUACAUAGAUCGAUUUGAUUACGAAUAAUUAUAAUAAUUUUUUACUACUUUACGUCUUAGUAAAUCUGAUUGUCAUCGAUCCAUAACGAUCAUUAAUUAUUAAAAGUCAUUAAUUAUUUCAACUACAACUUACUACAAACGCGCACACGAUUUAGUAUUUAUAAUAAUAUAUAGGUAAUUUAUAAUAAUAAAUAAUAAUUGAAAAUUAUGUUUUGAUGAUUACGAUUCACAAUUACCGGUGUAUUUGUCGGUCCAAUCAAAUCUUUAAACAAUAUUGCUCAAAAUAAAUUAUGAUAUCGUAUAAAAUUAUACUAUUUACAAGGGGAGCCGAUUCUUGAGUGAAAUACGUGAAUACGCCCAAGCCGUUGUUGAAAUUAUUAUUUAAUAUUUUUUAUUAGUAAUAAUAUUAUUCAAAUCAUCCAAUAUCUUCGCGCAUUCCAUACUGUAAUAUAAAUAUUUAAUAUUUUAUUAUAUUGCAAUCGAAACGUUUAAACUAAAAACCAAUAAACCGAAUGUUGAUACAAAAUGACAAUAAUAUUUUUUAGAUUUUAGUCGAUUAAAUUUUAAGGAAUCUUUAACUAUAAAUAAUAGGUAAAUAUUGACAAUAAAAUAUGUUCUAAGUGGUUACUAUAUUAAUUGUUUUUGUAUAAUUUUUUUAAGAAACUUUUAUGUAAUUUAUACCUAUUCAAUUGGGUGUUGUAUAUAUGCAUACAACGAUAAAUAUAAAUAAAUUAAUAUAAAUAAAAUAUAUUAUAAUAAUAGUAUGUACAACACAUUUCUCUCGUCAAGUUGUAAAAGCUUAAUAAGUUUUUAUUUUUUAUCUGAUUUUUCUCACGACGACUAAGACACGUAUAGUAAUUACUAAUUAGUUUAAUAACUAUAGGAGCGUCACCAAUAUUUUUGCUAGUUACUAUAGUUUAAUAAUACAACGCGUAAUAUAAUGAAGACAUUUAUAAUUUAAAGAGUAAUUACAUGUAUUAUACAUGUUAUACGAAACUAUGAAAUGGUUAUUUUCUGAUAAAUUAUAUUUUUCUAUCGAAUAUUAUAUAACAAAAAGUUAAAUUCAAUACAGUCAACAAUAAUAGUUUUAAUUAAUGAAUUUAUUUUAUGAGCACUUUUACGUAUCAUAUAGUUUAUACACAAAAGUUAUUUUCCUUGCAUUUGAAAUUGAGAUAUUAUAAAAACUUGUCCUCGAUAAGAAAAAUUAAUCGUAAACUAGGUACCAAAAUAAUAAAAAUAAUAUCUUAUAGCUCACCCACAAGAAUAUUUAUAUAAACUACUGUCUACCACCUAGUUCUUAGACUAUGAUGCUAUAAAUAAUAAAAACAAAAGAUAAAUAAAUAUUUUUUUCCUUUUGAUGAGAUGUAUAAUAAUACAUAAAAUUGUAAUAAUUAUGUAUGAUGUAGUAAUGCAGUGAUAAUAUCAAUAUCAUUAAUCCAUUUCAAGUUUCAUACUAAAUCCAUUUUUUAUUAAUAAUUCGUUUUAUUGUUUUGUUUACAUUUCAUAGGAUUAUAUAUUUUGUUUCUGACGAGAGUGUGUUUAAAGUUUAAUCAGUUAAAUGAUAUAUUAUGUGUUUUAAGUUGUAAGCAUAAUAUUAAAUUGUAUUUUAAUUUUUAAGUAUUACUACGAUAUAUAUACUCGUAUAUAUUAUAUUUAAGGAAAGUUAUCUAUAAGCAGUGAACAUUAUUCUAACGGUACCGGGAAACAUAUUAUUUACGUAAAUGUGUGUAUUUUAUAAUAAUUAAGUAGGUAUUUAUUUUUAUAAAAUACUUAAGUAUUGAAAAUCAGCAUUACCUACAUAUAGUAGCGAAAAAAAUAGUGUUAGUCAAUUAUCGAGCAAAAAUUACAAAACAAUAAUGUUUUACGCAGGAAAACAUGUUAGUUAACAGCAGAAUUGUUCGUUAAACCCACACAUAAACCGUAUUUAAUAAAAUAAAUCGAUUUCCCGUGUACCUAUAAUUAUGUAUAAUAAUAUAUAUAUAUUAUAUACUCAAGUAAUGCAUGUAAUAUUUUGUAUAAGAAUAAGAAACAAAUCUGUGUUUUUGGUGACAAUAAUUAUCACAUUAUUUAACUUUUUAUUAUUAAUAUUAUUUUAAUUGUUGUUCUUUAGUAUUAAGGACCACAUGUCAAAUUUGAAUUUUAUGUAAACCUCGACAAUAACUAUCUUAGACGAUUGAUAAAUUAUAAUAAUUUAGGUUAACCUUUAAUAUAAUUGAUAUAUAUAUAUAUAUAUGUAUUUAUUGCUUGAAAGAUUUUUUUGUUUAAAAAAAAAUGUAUCAUUCAUACAAUUAAUUACAUUAAACGUUUAUAGGUAUUUAUAAGAAACAGAAGAUAGAGAGACAUGGGGUGUUGUAAAAAUAUUCUUUUUUAUACAUUUUAAGUAAAUUGUGUCAAAUGAAUAUGUUACAGACACGGCAAAUCGAGUGACGGAGAUUUAAUGUAAUAUAUGUAUAUAAAUAUAUAAAUAUAUGUAUAUAAAUAUAUAAAUAUUUAUAUAAUUAUAUAUCAUAUAAAAAGAUUGUGUACACCUGUUUGUUUCUCACUCUUAAAAAAAAAAGAAAAAAAAUUACUAAAAUAAUUUUUGCUGUGUAAACUAAUCUAGAUUUUAUAAGUGUAAUGAUGUUACCUUUAUUUAAACACUUGACAAUAAUAUUAGUUUAAUUUGUAUAUUUAUUGGUAGUAGCUAAUUUUUUUUAUUUUAUUUUGACUAAUUUUAUCAAAAUAUAAUGAACUUAAAUAUUAUUAUUAAACUAGUAUACCUUUACAACUAUAUUCCAAACAUGAAACAAUAUCCAUACUUUAGUAGUAUAUUUUAAAUAUAGAACUAGUCAAAAUAGAAGAUAUAUAGGUAAUAUGAAUAUUUUCUUUAUUAUUACUACCAGUUAUACCAUUAUUUUUUUUUCGUUUUAUUAUGUUCUCGAGCACUUAAUAUUAUGUCUUAUGGAAAUGUACCUAUUAAAUAGAAGUUACAUUUUUUUUUUACAAAAUAAAACAUGUUUAAAACUUUAAAAUAUAUCUACAAUGUAAAUCGUAUGACUGGAUUUUCAAAAUAAUUAAAAUACAUUAUACUUCUUCUAUUUAUUUAAUAAAAAAAAUACCAAGUAUA